UGUGGGAGCCGGGGCUGGGCCUACCUGCGGCCCUGCCUGUCACCUGGGCCCUGCCUGUCACCUGGCCAGCUGCCUCUUCCCGUCUCUGCAGCUCCCAGCUCGAGGGCUGCCCUGUGCCCUGGACCCACCAUGGCCGUGCAGGUGCCCCUGUGGCACCACUACCUGCGGGCUAUCCGCUCGCGGGAGGCGGCCCGGGUGCAGGAGUACCAGCGCGCCGAGGACGUGCUGCUCACAGUGCUGGAGCACGUGCACACCCUGGAUGCCCGCUUCCUCGUGGAUUACUCCCGAGACCUGGAGGCCUUCCAGUUUGCCCUGCGCUCGUCGGACGGCCCGCUGGACAUGGAGGUGCCCCUGAGCGUGGAGGCUGCAACCCUGCUGAUUGAGGAGCCGGGGGACGCCCAGACCGGGGAUGGCACCGUGUCCUGCCGCCUAGGUGUCCCCAGGGAAGGGGCCGGGCUGGAGACCUGGAUGACUGACGAUGUCUUCACCGCCUCCUCCUCAGAGGACAGCACCAAGUGCAUAGGCCACAUUGUGCCCAGCAAGGUCCUGCAGGUCCUCAAGGACUGUCUGGUGGCUGCCAUCGUGCACUGUAAGCACCACGGCCUCAUCGCACCAGGUUCUCUGAAUGCGGACAGCCUCAGGGAGGAGGAGCCCGGCCUGUCCCUGCUGGUGUCCAGCGGCUGGAGAACCAUCCGUUUCACCAUCGUGCCUGUGGUGCGGAGAAAGCACGGGGUGCCCGCCCUGGAGGGGGCCCAGCUGACGCCCGGCUUCCCUGAAGGCAGCUUGAACAGGAUCAUGGGCCAAGGGGUGGCCCUUGUGCCAGCUAGCGCCCAGCUCUGGAGGGUCUCCACUGACUACCUGCUCACCAGGCUGCUCGAUGUCCUGGGCUCCCUCCAGGGCCACCGCCUCGACAGCCUCUCCAUCCUGGACCGGGUCAACCACGAGAGCUGGCGCGACGGCGGCCAGAGCCCCGGCCUGAGCUUCGGCCACCUGAAGACGGUGCUGCUGUGGGCCUCGGUGCUGUUCCCGGCGCCCGAGGACUGGGCGGAGCUGCAGGGCGCCGUGUACCGCCUGCUGGUGGUGCUCCUGUGCUGCCUGGCCACCGGCAACCUGCCCCACUUCCUGCGCCCCACGCAGAACUUGCUGCGGGAUGCUGGCCUGGACCUCCACGCCCUCUACCGGCGCGUGGAGCUCUUUGCGAGCCAGCCCGAGGCGGCCCUGCGUAUCCAUGUCACCCACCUGGGCCGCAGCCCCCCGCCGCGCCUCAGCAAUGGGGUCAGGGCGCUGCUGCAGCUGCCUGCCAGCGACCCCGCCUACUGGGCUACUGCCUACUUCGACGUCUUACUGGACAAGUUCCAGGUCUUCCACAUCCAGGAUAAGGAUCGGAUCUCCGCCAUGCAAAGCAUCUUCCGGAAGACCAAGACUCUGGGAGGCGAGGACCACUGAGCGGGCUGCCCGGACUGUGCCACCUGCUGCGCCAGCACACGGAGGCCCCCAGGACAUUGGCAGAUGGGAACGGGCUUCACCUGGAGCCGGUGGUGGGUGGUGGGUGGUGGAGGGACUUUGUCCCCAGGUACCGCCUCAGACAGACAGUCCAGGAGACGGCCUCAUGGGAUCUAAGCGUGCCGGACAGCAGGCUGCCUGGAACAGCGGCCUGGUCUCCAGGGGCAGGGGCCUGGGAUGAGGUGCUGUGUACUUCAUGUUACGGGUAUCGGUCCGUCCUGCGUGAGACCAUCAAGGCUGAAAACCAAGUGUCUGCGCGAGCCCUGGGACCUGAGGGCGCGUCCCCCCACCAGUGCCACGUGCUACUCCGUGUGAUGAAAUGUAUAUCUGACCCUGAAUAA